GACCUGUAGUUUCGCUGAAGAAUAAGCAGGACAGCACGUUUGUGUAAUAUUUUAUUCCACUCGUUGAUUGUGAAUGUUUUGGACUGCUUCUGGUUCAUAGUGCGUGUGGAUCAAAACUUUUCCCCUCAUAACCAAAAUAAUAUCGCGAGACGAGAUUUCCGUUCUCCCGCGUCAGUUUCUAAUUCUCGCUUCCUCGCAUGUUGAUAGAUGUAAAUAAACUCUGAACGAUCUGAUCUAUACACCAUCAUCAGCAGGGACAAGCACCGUAACUCAGCGUGACCAUGGCGGAGAGUGUGUCUGAAAGCAGCGUCCAGUGCCCGGUGUGCGCGGGUUUCUUUGAGCCGAGCAGCAUCAACCGUCACCUGGACGCGUGUUUACAGAGUCCCGCUGAUCCUGGACCACCGGCCAAAAAAGCCCGUAUUAACUCCGCCGACAGCCGUACUUCUGCUGUCUUCUCCAUGUUCCAGAGCCGACCGAGAGCAUCAGACGCCCCGGCUGCUGACGGUGGAGAGAGCGCUGCGGGCUCCGGAGCUCCAGCGGCGGCGGUGCAGCCUCCGUAUCCAGCUGAAGUGGCUCCUCCGGCGGCCUGUUCUCCCAGAGCGCUGCGCCUGAAAAACCAGAAGCCGCUGGCGGAGCUCCUGAGACCGAGCAGCCUGGAGGAAUAUUUCGGCCAGAAUAAACUGAUCGGGGAACAAACCCUGUUGAGAUCCCUGCUGAAGUCGCAGGAGAUCCCGUCUCUGAUCCUCUGGGGUCCGCCAGGCUGCGGAAAGACCACUUUGGCUCAUAUUAUAGCCAGUUCUAUCAAGCAGAAAGGCGCGGGCCGCUUUGUGACACUGUCGGCCACCAGCGCUUCCGUCAGUGAUGUGCGCGAGGUGAUAAAACAGGCCCAAAAUGAGCUCCGUCUGUGCAAGAGAAAGACCGUCCUGUUCAUCGAUGAGAUUCACCGCUUUAACAAAUCACAGCAGGACACUUUUCUGCCUCACGUGGAGUGUGGGACGAUCACUCUGAUCGGCGCCACCACAGAAAACCCGUCGUUCCAGGUGAACAGUGCUCUUCUGAGCCGCUGCAGGGUUCUGGUUCUGGAGCGUCUGUCGGUGGAGGCGGUGGGCUCGAUUCUGCGUCGUGCGGUGGAUUUUCUGGAUCUGCGGAUUCUGGAUUCUGAUGCGGAGGAACGGGACUCUUCAGAGAUCUGCUCAGAAGCGCAGGUGUGUGUGGAGCAGAAAGCGCUGGACACACUAGCACAUCUGUGUGAUGGAGACGCUCGAGCCGCUCUCAACGGCCUCCAGCUGGCGGUGCAGGCGUGUGUGUUGCAGACCGGCUCCAAUCACAGCAGAAGCAGCACAUUAGUGCGCGAGCAGCACAUUAAAGAGGGUCUGCAGAGAUCACACAUUCUCUACGACAAAGCAGGUGAGGAGCACUAUAACUGUAUCUCAGCCCUGCACAAGUCAAUGAGAGGAUCUGAAGCAAACGCUGCCCUCUACUGGCUGGCCCGAAUGCUGGAGGGCGGCGAAGACCCACUGUACGUCGCUCGCAGGCUAGUGCGAUUCGCUAGUGAGGAUAUCGGUCUGGCGGACCCUGUGGCUCUCAGUCAGGCUGUAGCAGCGUUUCAGGCCUGUCACUUCAUCGGCAUGCCCGAAUGUGAGGUUAUUCUAGCCCAGUGUGUGGUUUAUUUGGCCCGAGCUCCUAAAUCUGUGGAGGUUUACAAGGCUUAUAAUAACGUUAAGAUCUGUCUGAGAAACCAUAAAGGCCCGCUCCCAUCUGUUCCUCUUCAUCUGCGCAACGCUCCCACCAAACUCAUGAAGAAUCUGGGAUACGCUAAAGGGUACAAAUACAACCCAAACUUCAGCAGGCCGGUGGAGCAGGAAUAUCUUCCAGAAGAGCUUCGAGGAGUCAACUUCUUCACCUGGACGCCCUCGGAUUACUGAAACAUAAAAAUAACAUGCUCUUCUUAAUACGUUUGUCUCGUUUCUUGUUAUAAUAUCUGAAAACUCUUAAAUCAGUCAGCAUUUUCUGGACAAGCACAACAUAUAGUGUUGUUUUCAUUAAUAAUGAGUCAAAAUGAAUGAGUUUCUCCUUAAAACAAGCAGAAUAGUGUGAUCUCAAACUGAAAACAAGAUCAUUUAGCUUGUUUUAAGGAAAUUCUCACUUCAUUUUGACUCGUUAUGUCUGAAAACAAGACGAUAUGUUGUGCUUGUCCGGAAAAUGCUGACUGAUUUAAGAGUUUUGAGGUAUUUGCUCUAGAAACAAGACAAACUGUAAGUAAGAGGAGCAUUAUUUGCAGUGUGUGACUGAGAAAUGGACUCUUCUAAUUGGCUUCUGCCCUAAUCACUGUUGCUGUAUCUGAUUAUUAUUAUUACAGUAUUUCACAGCCAUCAUCCUAAUCAUUACUGCAGAAUUCUGCAUCGUUAAUACUGCUAAGAACCAUUUUAUAUUAUACUACUGUUAAUGUAAAUAAAAUGGUGAAUAUAAAAUCA